ACACUUCUCAACCUCACCAAUAAUGAACCUCAGCCAUGGGGAGAAAACUACCAUGGAAGACUUCCUCGACUCCUUCGGGCCCUGAAAGGAAAACUUCAGUCAAGCCGGAGAGUCCACUACCCACACCAUCACGAGCGCCCCGUCCGAGUACACCCUCAGCUUCCCGUAAGAAACCGCGUCGCGAGCGCGUGAUAGAGGCAGAAGAUGCCACACGCAGUCCCUCAACCUCGCCUCCGCCAGAGCCGCCUAAAGAAAGAUUCAUGAGACCAGGCCUCGACCACGAUGACCGAUAUCGUAUAGUGGAAGACGAGUUCGUCAACAUGGCUCACCAAUUCACACUUCACAUUCAUACUUCUGAAUACAACCGUUUGAAGAAUUUGGCUAAACACCAAAACGCAGACACAAUCCGUGAGAUUGAAAGGCCUGUAGUCGGCGCGCCAACCCUCCUCACAAGACAUCGUCAGGAGGAUGUGCGCCGCAACGUCAAACAGCGCAAGCUCUUAGGUACUAACUCAAACGAGAAGAAGGAUUCCCCUUACGUAGGGUCAAAUCUGCAAGGUCUCAUGGAGAGUCCCAGAAAGGAGCACAAGUGGAUAUCAGCAACAGGUCUAGCUGAUACCGCCGCAACGAGAGCUUCGGCGGGUUUCAAGUCACAAAAGAUCAGCCCGCUACGGUUAAAUCAAGGAUCCAGUUCAACUCCAGCAAAGAAGAGGCACAUCCCUCUGGGUGAUGACGAUGAGACUGACGAUGGAGAUGACUUGGAUUUAGCUACGCCCUCACGCGUUACGGCUACAAAGGCAGCACGCACGGCCCAUACAUCUAGUCCAGCAAUGCCGCGAUCAACUCCACGGACAGCAUUUAGUACUCCUCGCUCACUGAAGUCAGCUAUGAACACAACUUCGCGGCCGGGCUCUAGCGUCAAGCGACCAACAACAGCACCUGGAGGAAGCCAAGCACAAGCACGUAAGAUAAGCAAAAGCCGAGAUACUCAAGAAGAUAUCGAUGACGAUGAUCCUUUUGGGAUCAACAAACGAAGGAUUCAACGCCAAAAGUCAAGGGAACAGUUCCGCAAAACGGAAGAGAAAAUAGCCUCUAAACCAUCACUUGACGAUAUCCCUUCAUUCCUCUGAGCAUGUUCACUAUCACGAAAUCUCAACAGCGGUCCAACAGGGCCUCAUUGCUUGGAAAUCAAAUCAGUUCUUUUCAUUCAUGUAAGUCCUAUUCUUGCAUUGGCCGAUCCUCCAUUGUAAGCUCAUCAAAGUCAUCCAGCAACUCAUUCAUAUCAACGUGAGGUGCCUCAUCGUCCUCCUCGGUCUCAGCCACACUCAUCUCCUCCUCGGCUCUCUUCUUAGCCUUAUACAGGGCGAGCGUAGCACGGAGCUCCUCGUCUUCCUCGACAUCUCGCAAGAACUGCUCGUACUCUUGAUCCAAGCGUUCUUGGUCUGCCUUCUUGGGAAGAAGCUCGCCCUCGUCCUUGUCCAUACGCUUGAGCUGCCAGUUUCUCUUGCGGUUCUUUCUGCGACGGGGAUAGUGCUUCUUGACUAGCACCACGUCAGGGAUCCUCGAUGAGUAUGUAUUGGAGCUCUCGAUCUUCUCGUAUUCGGUGUUGUUGAAAACGGUUCCGGCCAGCAGGUAACCCAUAGCAGAAUCACCAGGCUGGAGGAGUCGGCCCAGAUGAGUCCUUGUGAAGUAUGUUCGGUCAUUUGAGCCAAGAUCUGAGGCACGAGCGACUGUGGCUUCGGCAAGCGUCCACUUGCCCUUCUGGGUUGUUGUGCGGUCGAUAUCCAUGACAAUGAACUCAACGAGUUCAUGUGUAUCAGUGAGUGAUAGGAAAGGAGCUCGCCAAUAGAUGGGUGAGCUGAUAUCGCAAGUCUGAAGAGUCUGAGGGUCCAACAGGUACACAGAGGUACCAAUCUUGUGGCAGAGGAGGAGAGGUGAGAUGUUGCCGCUCUGCUUGGCCAUCUUGAUAGGCAGAGCGACCAAGUCGUCCUUACAUAUAGGCACCAGCUCGGCCGAAUAUGUGAACUUGUACGAGGACUUGGAGGUGUGGGUAUCGUGAGAGAUGAGCUCCUGCGACGCCUUCACCUUGACAGGCACCACAGAGUUGAGGAAGUCGAUGAACUUCUCGGCCUGGUUCUUUUGGGCGAAGAAGAAGUCGAUGCCAUCCUUGGCCUCCCGAAUGUUGAGUGUAUCUUUGUGUGCGCCGUGCUUCAUAAUAAGCUGCUCGAGGAAGAGGAAAGUUCGCUUGUGAAGGACCUUUUGUCGAACUUGAACAGCAGCUCGCCAAACGUUGGCAGUGUACGACUUGGCACACUCAGGGCACUGCUGGUACGCCACCACAUAGACAACCUCGAAGCUCUGUUGAAGCAGCAUACCAUCUUGGACGGAAUCCUGGAUUGUGAUCUUGACCUUUACUCGUCGCGAGUGAGGCUCGGUCCAGAUAAAGCUCGCGUCCACGAUACGGACUUUGUUCAAACCUCGAAGUUUCUUGAGGCACAUGGCUAACAAUUCGCGGGAUUCGGGGGCGGCAACGAUCCAGCUGUUGGGGGGCAUGAGCCAUCGGUCGCAAUCUCGGCAGAAGUUGAGCGUCGCCUCUCGCUGGACGCCUUGGGAAAUGUCGACGGUAAGCUUGAUACAGUCGUAGCAGAGAGCGCCGCUGGAGGCGGUUCCAUCGAUCGGGGCACCGCAGUUGCAGCAAAGAAUACUGAAGAGGCUCAAGUUAGUAUUGCGCCUAAGAGACAGAACGAGUGCGGGGUGGUAAAAGAAGAUCAGGACUCACGUAGCAGCGCCCUGCUGCUGAGUGGCAGGGGCUAUAGAGAUAGGCUGGUCAUCCAGAUCCAUCGACAUGUUGGGCAACGAUGUCGUGUGAAAUUUGAUGGUGUUGUUUGGGUGAAAAUGAAUGAUAUUCAGUGACUCUUAAAAAUCCUAGAGUGGGAGAAUUUGGUUCGCCGCCGCUUGAUAAGCGCUUAUCGGUGGGCAGAAAGGAUAUUUUUUUGCAGGCGCGGGGCAAAAAUUGGAAAAUGUUCCUCAGAGUCAUAAAGUUCAGGGUCCACUUGGCUCCAUGAGUUGGUCAUGCCAAUCAUUGGAUGCCUAUCAUGCCUUGCUUGAAUGGAUUCUACAUCUUCAAAAGUCGUGGUUUUGAUCAAAUCAGGUGUUAUAGACAAAAAUGCAACAAAAAAA